UCUCUCUCUCAAGUCAAAAGUUGACGCCUCCGAACACACUGGUGACGUCACAUGUCAACAAGACCACCACCAUCACCACUACCUCGCCUCAGCCUCACCACCGGCGGCGCCUAACAGACAAGCGUGUAGGAGAGCAAUGUCUGCCGCUAGGAGAGUCCAGCAAUGGGCAACAUUUGGACGUAUGUGGUACUUGUAUGAUGGUAAAUGGCAGAAUCCUCUUGAGUCAGCUGACAAAAUUGUUCCCUACCUUGAUGGCUCACACAAACCCAUCUUCCAUCCCUUGAAUGACUCUGGAGAUCAUGUGGUGGUGAUCAACUCUCGGGACAUUGCCCUGCCUGGUGACGAGUGGGAGAAGCGCGUCUACUUCCACCACACAGGGUAUGCUGGAGGAGCCACCUGGACCCUGGCGUGGCAGCUUCAUGAAGCUGACCCCACCAUGAUAAUAAGGAAAACUGUGUACAACAAAUUAAGUAAAAACUUACUAAGACGAGGAAGACUGGCUCGGCUUCACAUAUUCCCCGAUGACAAGGUACCUGACAGCAUCCUGAAGAACGUUUCAGCCCAGAUGCGCCAGCUCCGGCCAGUGCCCAGGCGCCUUGACCACUACCCACAGGAGGAACUAGAAAACUUUCCCAAGAUAUUUGACUGGCCAAAGGAUCAUGUCAUCAAUUAGUGUUGUAAAACAAUACAUAAAGCUUAUUACAUGUAGCAAAUUUAAUUUUUUUUUUAAUAACAUCAUAAUAUUGUAUGGGAGGAUUUAAAUGUUUAUUGCUGCAGUAAUAUUCAGCUAUUAUCUCAAUGGGUAGUGUAAGAAGAUAAGAAUGUCCCCCAUGUGUUUAUAACUGGCUGAAUGAUAAUGUUUUUUGGCAUGUUAUAUAAUUACUGAUUCAUUGUUGAGAUUCUCUACCUCCCUGUCCUCCACUUAUUAUAGCCAGGUGUGUGUGUGUGUGUGUGUGUGUGAGAUAAUGUUUUUUUUUUUUAUCUGGCAUGUUCUUGUAAAUAAAAUUGCCACAAUGAAAUCCACAUCUCAUUGGCACCUUGAAGGCAAUCAGUGAGGCAUUCACUGGGUAUAUCUCAAAGUUAAUUUGAUCUUGUAAAUAAAAGAAUAAUUAUUAUUUACUUUUGUUAUUGUUGUUCACAUUUAUAAGAAAACCAAUAACAUGUAACAAGUGUAGACAAUCUUGGUGGCCACCAUACUCCAUGACUAACAUGCAAUUGUUGUUGAGACAAUAUUCAAUCCUGUAUUCAAACCCUUACUCAAAUUGCCUGAGAGAAUAGAAACUAUAUUGAAACAUCUUACACAUUGUCCAGAUACAUAAUUAUUUACUUUUAAUGCAUGAAUAUCACAAUUCUUGAAAUGAAAAAUGAGCGUCAGACAUGUACUCUCCACAGCCCCUCUCCCUGCAUGCUUAGCUGUUGUGGUGGCUGCAGCUGAACUGGGCAAUGGCUAGUGAGGACUGUCAUUGGCUUUCUUGCUACAAAUCACAAGCCAUCACACGAAAGCCAUCACUGAUACAACCUUGAUGUUCUUGGUGUUCUUUGUUCUGCUUACUGUAAUCACCCUUUAUAACCUGACUGAUUUGCUAACUGCUUGACUUCUGUUCCUGCUGCCGACUGACUGCAUUGUCACCAGCCCAUGUCAGCAAGCACAGGGUACAAGGUUGUGUGAAGUGCAGUAAGUUGGAUGGAAUGAAACAUGAGGCCUGCUGAGGAAGGGGCAUUCCCACCUGCUGCGAGGUGGGAAAAGGUACCAAGACAGGAUACCUCAAUUGGCAGUUUUGCCAGCUCCAAGAUGGCUGUAAACCAUACACAGCACCAGUCUGAUGUGAACCUCAGGGCUUGACUACUACAACUCCAGGGCUCCCAAGAGUAGCCUACAAAAAUAAUUUGUUUGGAAUUUUAAUGGUUUAGUAAUAAAACUUAUGUACACAUCAUUAUUGAUAUGAGAAAACCAAGUAAAAAUAAAUAUCUUUAAAAUCUUGAAGCAUUUCAUCAUAAUAUUAAGUCAACUGUCUCCAAAAUUUACGACAUACCAACAAUAACAAAUAUCUAUAUUCCUAUAUAUUUGUGUCACUGCAGUGAUCCCUUAAAAAAAAAAAAAAAAAAAAAAAAUGCAAAUAUUUCCAAUUAAAAAGAGCACCUUUAGCUCAUACCAAUGAGACAGAGUGAGGCACAGCAGUGCUCACUCCACACAGUGAUAUGAGGAUGUGAUGGCAGGUUUAUCUGGUCCUAGGCAGUACUUCAUUCUACAUUUCUAAAGCUGGGUAAUAGGGGCUAUAUAUGCAUUUUCUCUAACAGUAAUGUAGGUGCUCAUUUGAAUGUCAAAGGUCUUCAUAAUUCAUCACUAAAUUAAACAUCUAUGUACAUUACAAGUAUUUGCAAAUAAACUGUAACACUGAAAAGUGAAAGAUGAAGCAUGGGAGACCACAGGACAGGUAGAAUGUAGCAGCACAAACAAGCCCUUGCCUCUCCCCUUCCUCAGAGUAAUGAUGGUAAUGAGAUGAACCAUGACAUUGUGAACACUCACACACAACUGCCUUCCAUCUCCACUUUAGCUUAGCACUGCGUGGCUCAAACUUAAUGGCCAAGGGCCGGGGCUGCGUUUCAAUAUUUUUCCCAAACACCACUACAGCGACCCUCAGUUCUGUUUACCCUCACCCUUCCCUUCUAUGUCAAGGAAGAAGUAGUUGCCGGAACUCUUCUGCUCGGUAUCCUUCUGGCUGGAGUCCUUGUUGAUGCGCGGCCGGAAGUUGUUGGGGUCACGACGGAAGGUGAUUCCCAGCAUCUCCAGGAACUUGUUCAUGCCAGAAACAAGCGUCUGUGGGGCAUUGGCUGUGGUUUUGACAGAGGGUGUCCCUUCAAACACAAUGACACGGUCUGCCAAGUAAGUUGCCAUGAUGAAAUCGUGCUCCACUACAAAUGCAGUCUUCUUGGCAUGCAUGAUGUAACGUUUGAUGACCUUGGCAGCAGCCAAACGCUGCUCAGAGUCCAGAUAGGCCGAGGGUUCAUCAAUGAGGUAAACUUCAGCCGGCGUGCCCAAACAGAGGGUGAGUGCCACACGUUGCAACUCUCCUCCUGAAAGAUGCUGCACCUCCUGCUCUAUCAGCUCCUCAAUCUUCAUUGGUUUCAUCACAUCUGUUACAAACUGAGGAUGAAUAUAUGCAUCACGGAUCUUAUCGUGCAGCAGCUGGCGUACAGUUGACUGACUCUUAGGACUGAUCUUCUGUGGCUUGUAGGAUAUGUGAAGUUCUGGCAAUUCUGAUUUGCCCUCAUCUGGGUCGAGUCUCCCAGCCAGCAUCCUGAUAAAGGUAGUCUUUCCUGUCCCAUUUUCUCCCAGCAGUACCAUGAUUUCAGAAUCGGUAAAGUUGCCAGCCUCCACUGUAAGCUGGAAUUCUCCCAUCUUCUUUGUCAUUUUUGGGUACUUGAAGCGACACAUGCGUUUGAUCUCCUCCUCAGUAAGCUGGUCUGAAACCUUGAAGGUGAGAGAUUCCUCUCUAAAGCGAAGGUUCUCAGUAGGUACAAAGCCGUCCAGGAAAACAUUGAUACCUUCACGCACAGAGAAGGGGACAGUGACCACUCCAUAGGCUCCGGGUUGGCCAUAAAGACAGCAGAUGAAAUCAGAAAGGUAGUCAAGGACAGCCAAGUCGUGCUCCACCACCACUACAUAGUUGUCGGCCUUCACCAUGGAGCGGAUGGCCCGGGAAGCAUUGAGACGCUGCUUCACAUCAAGGUAGGAGGAUGGCUCAUCAUACAUGUAGAUGUUGGCAUUCUGGAUACAAACCAUGGCAAUGGCAAACCGCUGUAGCUCCCCACCAGAAAGGUCCUCAAUGUUGCGACCUAAGACAGCUCGCAAGUCUAGGGCAGUGAGGAUGUCCUCCAUGUUCCCAAGGUCAUUCUUCUUGUGUAGAAGAUCCUUGACGGCGCCCUUUACAGCCUUGGGGAUCUGAUCCACAUACUGAGGCUUGAUGAUCGCCUUCAGGUCGUCUUCUAGGAUGCGAGUGAAGUAGUUCUGCAGUUCAUUGCCUCGGAAGUAAGUCAGGAUGUCAGUCCAGUCUGGGGGAUCAGAAAACUGGCCUAGAUUGGGUUUGAGCUUCCCGGCCAGGAUCUUGAGAGCAGUGGACUUGCCAAUACCGUUGGUGCCCACCAGGCCAAGCACCUCCCCACGGCGCGGUACGGGUAGACGAUGCAGCUUGAAGGAGUUCUUGUUGUAGCGGUGAACAGUCUCCUUCUCAAGAUUGCUCGGGAGGUUGAUGAUCAUGAUGGCCUCAAAGGGGCACUUCUUGACGCAGAUACCACAACCAAUGCAAAGCUCUUCACUGAUGGCAGCCAUCUUGUCAUUUGGUGUCACUUCAAUGCACAGCUUGCCCAUCCGCACCACCGGGCAGGACUUCUUGCACUCCUGCCGGCACCUCUUGGGCUUGCACUUCUCCGUGUUAACGAUGGCAAUACGAGUCUGCUUCUCGCUGUCAUCUUGCUUCUUGCGGGGAGGCAUAUUGACAGUGGCUGGUUAGCGUCU